GCGGGCAGGCGAUGGCGGCUCGACCCGCCCCGUUCCCGCCUCAUCCCGCCUCCGCUCCCGCCCCUCAGCCGGCACCGCCCGGCCCUUCCAGCGCCUCUCCCGAGAGCCCCCGCGCCGCGGACAUGGCGCUGUGCGGGCCGGGCUGGGCUCGCUGUGCCCGCGGGCUGCGGCUCGGGGCGCUGCCCCGGUGCGGGCUCUGGGGGACCCGCGGCGUGCGGAGCUCCAACCCCUUCACCCGGCAGCAGGAGGAGGAGUGGCGGCGGCGGAACCGCUCUGCCGUGGGCUACAUCGCGGCGGCCGCCGCGGGCAUGGUGGGGCUGUCGUACGCGGCCGUGCCGCUCUACCGCCUCUACUGCCAGGCCACGGGGCUCGGCGGGACCACGGGCGCGGGGAGCAGCGCGGAGCGGAUCGAGAGCAUGGAGCCGGUGCGGGACAGGGUCAUCAGGGUCACGUUCAACGCCGACGUGCACUCCAGCAUCCAGUGGAACUUCAAGCCGCAGCAGAGGGAGAUCUACGUGGUACCAGGAGAGACUGCACUGGCAUUUUAUAAAGCAAAAAAUCCUACUGACAAACCAAUAAUUGGAAUCUCCACCUACAACGUGAUCCCCUUUGAAGCAGGACAGUAUUUCAAUAAAAUACAAUGUUUUUGUUUUGAAGAACAGAGGCUGAAUCCUCAAGAGGAAGUGGACAUGCCUGUCUUUUUCUACAUUGAUCCAGAUUUUGUAGAGGACCCUAAAAUGGCUAAAGUUGAUUUGAUCACCCUCUCUUACACCUUCUUUGAAGCAAAGGAGGGACAGAAGUUGCCACUUCCUGGAUAUCAGUAAUGGGCCAUCUCUACAAAAAGGACUUUUGCGGCCUGACUGACAGUUUUAAGACCAUUUUUCCUUGCAAUUCAAAACUGCAGGAGUACUGUGCAAUAUGAAAUUAUAUUAUUAAACCAACACGGGCUGUUAUUAAAGUAUAUAUAUAUUUUUUUAAAAAACAACUUAAUGCAGUUGGAAUACUAUUUGGAAGGGAAUACACUGUUCCUGGAAUUGAGAGGGUUUUCUCAAGCCAUCUUUUCAUAAAAUGUUAUCUGAAUACUAUGAGACAAAUUUUUAAACCCAAGGGUAAAUUGAGAUCUUCAUUUAAAUACAGAGGAACAAAUCAGUUUAUUAAGCAUCUAAAGUUGCAUUGCUGGCUCUGGAGAAUAAAUUCCAUGUUAAGUUACUUUAGAAAAAGGUAAAACCAGAUAACCAGUUAAGGAAAUCUCAUAACUAAAUAAAGUUAGACUGUAUUCCUGUGUAACCCUCCCUGGCACUGGAGGAUAUGAUGAUUCAGAAGAUGAGGCACCCUCUCAGAUUAUUACUGAAUUCUACUGAGUUCAUUUGGUAAGAGCAGACUGCUCUGAAACUGUUAUCAUUAGAACAGUAAUUUAAGUGUAAGCACAUCAGAUCUGUGGGUUGGUUUCCAUUUAGAAAUACCACCUAAUUUCCAUGUUGUGUUUUACUCAUUUCAAGUAUCUGUACUCUAAUUAGAGUACUCUCUGCCUCUGCAGAGGGCUGCACCCUGGGCACCUCUACACAGAGACAGGCUUGGCUUAGGUACGAAAUGCUUUGAGGGAAGGGCAGUACAUAAACAACUGCUCUAAACUGCAGCUAAAUUAACAGUGUAGGAGUCUUCUCAAAAGCCUAAAUCAGCCCCAUUCAGAGGCUGAGUCCAACAGAACCUGCCCAGCAGCACAGCAGUUCUUCAGAGGGACUCGCUGUUUACCACCAGACCACGUAAGCCUGUAUUUAUGUAACUUUUGGUCAUUAUCUGUGGGGUGGGUGUAAUAACACUUUAUCAUUGCUUUGCAAACGAGGAGUUGCUGAGCAGGUUUAAGUGACCUACUCAUUUUCAGACAGGAGUUAAUCUCAGCUAGUAUCUCAUCUGCUAGGCCAGUUCUUUCUACCCCUUUCAGCAGAUGAGAUCUAACAAAGACUUAUGUUGGUUUGCUUGGACUCUGAAAAGGUAAUGGGUACAUCAGAAAUGACUUCCAGUUACUUGAGUCUCAGUUAUAUUUGCAUACAAUAAUUCAAGAAGUGUUCUUUUGAAAAUAAAUGGAUGCUACCUUUAAAAUGCAUUACUGUAUCUGUGUUGGCUAAACAGAUUCUGGAUGACAUUCAUGUCAGGUCUUCACUGUAUACUAAAGUUAUAAGUUUUCA